UGGUCUCUGCUAGUCACAUUAGCCACAACGAAGCGUUAUUUUACUUUAAAUCUUUAUUGCAACACUACUGAUAUCUGAAGAUACUGCUUAUUUUCUUCCGAAACCGGAACAACGAAAGAUUAUGAUGACAUUUCACGAAUCUGAUCAACUUGGUUGAACAGUGGCACAGUCUUGCUUCUGCUCUCUCACCAUUAAAGCUUGAAGAAAUCAUGUCAUGUGCAACUAAUUCACCAGGUGACUCGGUUAUCCGUCCAAGGGAGAUGGGUAUUGCUAUCUAGGCCAGCAUUUAUUGCCAUAUCGAAUUUACCAGAGGAUAGUUAAGAGACAACCACAUUGCUGUCGUUCUGCAGUCACACCAGUUUAGUUGUUUAAAGAAGGAACAGUGGAUAUAUGUGUACUUCCAUAACCAGGACCACAGUGGAAAGGUGGUGGUUGAGUCAGCAGAUACAGUCUGUGUCUCUAACAGGUGAGGAGGAGCUGUUGAAACCUCUCAAUACAUCAUAUCAAUUGGAUCUGUGUUUUGUUUUCCUCGGAGUUCUGCCAUAGGUCUGGCAACAACUUCUGGCCCUUCACUCCUGUCCUUGUGUCCCUCAUGGACAAACAUAAAGUAAAACGUCUGCGUCUAGAUCGACUGUUUGAAGAGUGAAGAUGAUGGAUAUGCAUCGAGAAACAAAGUGGAGCAGCGGCCUGGAGAGUUUAAGCAUUCGUCCUCCUAUUAUGAAUGGCCCCAUGCACCCACGCCCUCUGGUGGCACUGCUGGAUGGCCGAGAUUGCACUGUUGAAAUGCCCAUUCUUAAAGAUGUAGCUACAGUGGCUUUCUGUGAUGCGCAAUCUACACAAGAGAUUCAUGAAAAGGUACUAAAUGAAGCUGUGGGUGCAUUGAUGUAUCACACGAUCACUUUAACAAGAGAAGACCUGGAGAAAUUCAAAGCACUUCGAAUAAUUGUCAGAAUUGGCAGUGGUUUUGAUAACAUUGACAUAAAAUCAGCUGGAGAUUUAGGUAUAGCAGUGUGUAAUGUCCCAGCAGCCUCUGUAGAGGAGACAGCAGACUCUACAAUGUGUCAUAUUUUGAACCUGUAUAGACGGACCACCUGGCUCCACCAAGCUUUGCGGGAAGGCACAAGAGUUCAGAGCGUUGAACAGAUACGAGAUAUAGCUUCAGGAGCUGCCCGAAUUCGAGGGGAGACACUUGGUAUUAUUGGACUAGGUCGUGUCGGUCAAGCAUUAGCACUGCGUGCAAAAGCGUUUGGUUUUAAUGUAAUAUUCUACGACCCAUACCUCUCAGAUGGUAUUGAACGUGCAUUGGGUCUCCAGCGAGUGAACACUUUACAAGAUCUCCUCUUUCACAGUGAUUGUGUGUCCCUGCAUUGCAGCCUGAAUGAACACAACCAUCAUCUUAUUAAUGAUUUUACUAUUAAACAGAUGAGGCAGGGCGCAUUUCUGGUAAAUGCUGCCCGGGGUGGUCUUGUUGAUGAAAAGGCACUGGCUCAGGCUUUGAAGGAAGGAAGGAUACGAGGAGCAGCCUUAGAUGUGCAUGAAUCAGAACCAUUUAGUUUUAGUCAAGGUCCUUUAAAAGAUGCUCCAAACCUAAUCUGCACGCCGCAUGCUGCCUGGUACAGUGAGCAAGCCUCAAUUGAAAUGAGAGAAGAAGCAGCGCAGGAAAUCCGGAGAGCUAUAACAGGUCGCAUCCCAGACAGCCUGAAAAAUUGUAUUAAUAAAGAUUACCUGACUGCAGCUACUCACUGGGCUGGAAUGGAUCCUACAGUAGUUCACCCAGAGCUAAAUGGUGCUGCCUAUAGGUAUCCACCAGGUGUGGUUGGGGUGGCUCCCAGUGGACUUCCACCAACAGUAGAAGGAAUCGUUCCGAGUGCUGUGCCAUUGUCGCAUAGCCUCUCCACAGUACCCCAUCCACCACACGCCCCUUCCCCAGGACAAACAGUCAAACCGGAGUCUGACAGAGAUCACACAGGUGACCAAUUGUAGCCAGAUGGACCGCAUUCCUGACCCAAGUCUUCACCAUCUCAGAAGCUCAGAAAAGACCUGUAUUAGAUUGAUGGUGAACAGAGGACUAUGAAAAUAACUGAGCUUAGAAACUGGUCCAACUUCAAUUAAAGAUGUGGGAGAGAAGAAGAAAUUUGGUAAAUUUGUUCCUCCGUUAAAUUGUAGCUUGUCCCUAUCCAGUGGACUGAUUAACUGUUUCUGUGUCUUAUGGGUUCCCUGUGAGCAAGAAAAGUUCUAGUAGUUUAUUAUAUCCUGAAUGUACUAUGUCUGUGUACAGUUAGAACUUAAGGGUUUGUUCGCUUAGCUGUGAAACAGAAACCAAGAGAGAUAUUCAGUAAAACUGAUUUUUUGAAAAGAAAACAAUCUUUCUUUUAUAUACAUUAAAUCCACGCCCAAAAAGAGGCUGUUUUCAGACAUCUCAGGAAAACAAAGGUAAAUUCCCACCUAUUUUGUGUUUAUACACCAUGCAGUACAUUGUUUUGUAACUGCUUUCUUUUUUUUAGUAUCAGCUCGUAAGAUCAACACUCUCUUCUAGAUUCAUUGUUUUAUUUUCAGCAUGAAUUCCCAUUACUUUUCUGGGGACUGAGGAGAAUGUUGCAAAGAGAUUUUGAAAACAAUGUUUCAUCUGGAGCAGCACUAUGCUUACUGUCAUCAGUUUAAAUGUAUAUUAUUGGUGGUAUGCGUACCGGCACUAGACUACUGGAAAGUAGCAGCAUUUCUUUGCCUACAUCGAUUCCUGUCAGUGUGGUAGGCUAGCAAUAUUUUUGUUGAAAUAAUCAUGUUUUGUGACUGUAACCAUUUGUAUGAAUUAUUUUAAAGAAAUAAAACAAAAAGACAGGAAACGCUGUGUGGCAUGUGUCUCAGGCUAUUUUUGCUUUUUCCUAACUGUAUUUAAGAUAAAUGGGAUAAAUAUUUCUUGGUUCACUUAAGGCAGAAUAAAAUCCACAAGAUUACUUGACAACUGUAGCUUGCACUUAUAUAAUGCCUUCAUACGUUUAAUGAUAAUAGUGGAAGAUUUCAACUCCCUCAGCAUUAACUGGGUUAAUUAGCGUGAAAAGUUUAGAGAUAAUGGAAUUGUUAAAAUGAGUUCAGGAAAACUUCUUAAAGCUAGUAUGUAGAAGGCCCCAAAAGAAAUGGGUGAUCCUGGGAUAAAUUUUAGGUAAUGAAGCUGGACAAGUGGUUGAAGUAUCCAUGGGGGGGACGGUGGGGAAGCAUUAUGCAGACUGCAGUCUUAACUUCCUUAGAUUCAAGAUUGUUAUGGAAAAGAACAGAUUGGGGUCUGAAAUCAAAGUUCUAAACUGAAAGAUUUUAAAAAGAUCAAAUAUGAUUUGACCAGAUUGGAUUUGGAACAGAAACUGUUAGGUAAUCCGUGUCAGAGCAGUGAGAUACAUUUAGGCAGAAGAAAAGGACAUUGCUAGCAUAUUCCAAUAGAGAUAAAGGGUGGGGCCAACAGAUCCAGCAAACCCUGGAUAUCGAGAGAUAUGCAGGAUUGAAUAAAGGUGAAGAAAAGAUGCUUAUGGCAGAUAAUAAGGGCUUAAAACAUCAGAAACCUUAGAGGAAUACAAAAUAUGCAAGGGAAACCUUAAGGAAGCUGGGAAAGAAAAAAGGAAUAUGAAAGGAUGAUAGGAGGUAAAAUAAACAAAACCCUAAGUCAUUUAAUAAGUAUAUUAAGGGUAAAAAGGAUUACUAGGAUAAGAAUAGGGUCCGCUAAGGAUCAUGGUAGUAACUUGUGCAUGGAGAUGAAGGAUGUAGGUUGGGCUAUUUUGUCUCUCUCGCUAGUGAAUGCAGACACAAUGUUGGUACAGAAGCUGGGGAGAUGGACUGUAAUGCAAUUAAAGAAAUUAACAUAGAGAGGGGUUCUGAGUGGUCUGGCAGGCUCAACAGGAGAUAAAUUUCUGGGUCUGAAUGAAGUGAAUCCCAAGCAGUUGAGUGAGGUAAGGGAGGAAAAAGGGGCAUUGGCAAUAAUAUUCAAUCCCGGAGGAUUGCCAGAGGACUGGAGGAUAGCCAAUGUAGUAGUAUUUUGUUAAGAAGGGAGCAAGGGAUAAUCUAGGAAAAUACAGGCCAUAUCAGUCUCCACUCUGGUGGAGAAACUAUUGGAAGCAAUUCUGAAAGAAUUAAUCUGCAUUUUGAGAGAUAGAGAUGAAUCGAGAAUAGCAUGGUUUUGUUGAGGGGAGAUCAUGUAUGACCAGUUUGGUGGAAUUUUUCAAAGAACUGACCAAUUGUAUAGAUAAGGCCAAUGCAUUUGAUGUGGUCAAUUUGGACUUCUGCAAGGCUUUUGAUCGUCUCCCACGUGGGAUCUUGAUAGCGAAGGUAAGAGCCCAAAAGUUGGCAAACUGGAAUUAGAAAUGACUAAGUAGCAUGAAUCAGAGGGUAAUGGUUGAGGAGUGUUUAUUUUUUGUGACUGGAAGCCUGAGUCCACUGGGGUUCAGUACUGAGGCGCUGUUGUUUAUAAUGAAUAUAUAAAUGAUUUAGACUUGAAUGUAGUGGGGAUGAUCAGGAAAUUUAUGAAUGAAUGUGAAAAUUGUUUAGGUGGUAAGUGUGAAGAAGAUAGCUUCACAUUACAGUAUGGGGUGAUCAGUGGCAAAUGGAAUUUGGUCCAGAUAAAUGUGAGGUUAUGCAUUUGGGUAGGACAAAAAGGCAAGGGAGCACAUUAUGAAUGGUAGGACCUUGGGGAGCACUGAGGAUCCAAGGGACCUUGGUGUGCAUGUAAACUGGUCCCUUAAGGUUGUAGGACAGGUGGAUAAAGUAGUUACAAAUGUAUAUGUGAUACAUGCCUUUAUGAGCCGAGGCAUUGAGUUUAAGAGCAGGGAGGUCAUGCUGAAACUGAUUGAAACGUUGGCUAGGCCACAGAUGAAGUACUACAUGCAGUUCUGGAAUCCCCAUUUUAGAACUGAUGUGAUAACACUGGAGAAGGCACAGAAGAGAUUUAUCAGGACACUGCUGAGGCUGAAGAGUUAGUAAUGAAAAGAGACUGAAUAGAUUGGGUUUGUUUCACUUGGAGCUGAAGAGAUUGAGGGUGGAGAUGAAUGAAGUGUAUAAAAUUAGGAGGGGCAGAGGGCUGACAGGAAGAGACCUCUUCCCCUUGGUGGAGGAAUCAAUGACCAGCAGGCAUCAAUUUAAGGUAGGAGCAGGAGAUUUAACCCAUUUUUCAUCCAGAGGGUUGGGAGGAUCCGGAACUUAAUUUCUGCAAGAGUGAUAAACCAGAAACCCUCAUAGUAUUUAAGUAUUUAGAUAGAGACUUGCGAUGCCAAGCCACAAGUGCUAGAAAAUGGGACUAGAAUAAUUAAGUGCUUGUUUUUGACUGAUACAAACCUGAUAGGCCAAAGGGCCAUUAUCUGUGCUGUAGACCUCCAUGAUUCUAUGUAGAACUGUGAGAGAAUGCACUUCCAAGGAGAGGCCAGGACAAAAUAUAGAUGGCAAAUUUUGGUAAUUUUCUAAGUCUAGAAGUGAAUUCCACCGCAAAACUGUAUAUAAAGAAAUUUCUUUAUGCUUUUGCUUGAAAUCCCUUCGUUUUCUUCGAUGCAAGGAUCCCACGUUCUCAAUUCCUCGUUUUGAAAGAUAUCCAUUGUGUUACGUAUGUCAAAAGUAUAUUAAAGAUCCUGUGUAUGAAUGUCCAAUCUUUGAAUAUUUGCUACUGUGUAAGGUCAAUGACCUAAAGCAUGAACUCUGUUUCUCCUUUUGUCGAUGCUGCCUGAUGUGCUGCAUCUUUCCAUAAUUUCUGUUUUAAUUACAAAAUUUCACUCAGUUACAAAAUUCUUGACACUGCAUUUCUAAGCUUUCCCAUUAUAUGUUUAUAAGGUCCCAUUUGGAAACUGUCCAGAAUUAUAGAAUUAUUUAGCACUGAAGGAGGCCAUUCAGCCUGUUGUGUCUGUGACAGAUCCAUCAAAGAGCUAUUGAAUUGAUCCUGCUUAUCUGCUGAUUUUUAUGACUGAAAUGUUACGUUUUCAAGUACUUAUUAAAUUUCUUUGGAUAAUUCUUAUUGAAUCUGUUUCUAUUCUCUGUUUUAAGCAUGCAUUA